AUGCCUCGCGCCGCUGGUGCUGCCCUAUUCCUCUUCAUCUCCUUCGGCGUGCUCUUUGCAGUCGGCUUCGGCGCGACGCACGACAUCGUCGUGAGAACUUCGGAGGGCUUCAUCGGAGGAGCCAAGACCUCGCGGGGCUUCGAGUUCCGUGCGGUGCCCUUCGCCGCGCCGCCCGUCGGCGAGCUCCGGUUCGCGCCGCCCCAGGAGGUGGAGCCCUGGGAGGGCGUGCUCAACUCGAGCCGCAUCCCCUUGGCCUGCCCCCAGCCCAGGACCGACAAUGGACCCACGGGCGAGGACUGCCUCUAUGCGAGCAUUUACCUGCCGCACUCCUUCGAGCACGACAAGAGGCCCAGGCGCGACGUGGCCAUGGGCGACCGCGGCCACAAGCGCGCCUACCUCUACCACUGGACCUACGAGGCCGACUGGUUCCCCAACCACUACGGCGCCUGGCACAACGAGGACGUCGUCUACCUCACCCAGCAGGGCUGCGUCCUCAACGCCCCCACGCCCUACUGCAACUUCUUCACCCCGCAGACCACCCCUGCCAGUAUGCCCCUCGUUUCCAAGCUCCAGGGCUUCUGGUCCGCCUUCGCUGCCAAGGGCAAGCCCGAUGUGCGCGGCUGGGACGCCUACACCCACGUUGUGGGCAGGAAGGGUAAGGCCCACUACCUCUCCAUCGAAAGCCCCACCUCCUUCCAGGUCAAAAGCUCGCCCAUCCAGGUCAGCCAGUGCGCCUUCCUCAACACAAGGGUGUAA